AUGGGUUCCGAAAAGAUGGACGAGAAGCGCUCAGAACAUUCACCUGACACGCGCAUUGAUAACAUCAACUAUGACAAUCCUUCCUCAUCAUCACAACAUGCGAUCGAACAACAAAAGGCAGCAUCACAACCUUCCGGCGUCCUAGGUAUCUUCUCCAAGCUCGGUAACCUGCCAGAAUGGCACGUUCCCGGCGCUGGUCUCCUCCAAGGGAAAGCGUUGAACACCGCCAUAGCAUGGUGCUCUUGUCUGGCAUUUCUCAUGUUCGGUUAUGACCAGGGAGUUUUGUCCGGCGUCCUCACUCUCGAUGGCAACUUCAUCAUGAUUGUUGGAACUAUUCUUCAAGUGGCUGCAGGAGGUACUCGUGGUGGUGGAGUCGACGGUUACGCCCUCCUAUCCAUUGGGCGUGUGGUCGGAGGCAUUGGCAACGGCAUGGUCACAGCAACGAUUCCAACCUGGCAAUCUGAGUGCGCGAAACCUGAGAAGCGUGGACGCUUGAUCAUUACAUCCGGAGCAGUCAUCGUCGCAGGCGUAAUGAUCUCGUACUGGGUAACUUACGGAUUCUACUUCCUGCCAUCGGGCGAGGUCUACAGCUCCGUGCGCUGGAGGUUCCCCAUCGUCUUCCAGUCUUUCUUCACUAUUCUUGUCAUGAUCGGUCUUUGCUUCCUGCCCGACUCGCCAAGAUGGCUCGUAAUGCGCGGCCGCCACACCGAAGCCCGACUCCUGCUUGCUCGCCUCGCCGGUACAUCUGCAGACUCGGAAGAAGUCGAUACGGAGCUUACGAACAUCAAAGACGCGCUGGAAGCGCAAAGUAGGGAUGGGCCAUUCAAGAUGAAGGAACUUUUGCACAACGGCCCCAGUCAGAACCUUCGGCGCACGUUAUUGGGAGUCGCCUCGCAGUUCUUCCAACAGAUCAGCGGUAUCAAUCUCAUCACCUACUACGCAACCUACGUCUUCGAGAACUCACUCGGUUUUGGCCCCGACAUGUCCCGUCUCCUGUCCGCCUGCAACGGUACCGAAUACUUCCUCGCCGGACUAGUCGCAAUUCCAUUGAUCGAACGAGCUGGUCGUCGCAAACUCAUGCUCUUUGGUGCGUUCGGCAUGAUGGCUAGUAUGGCUAUCAUGAGCGGCAUGACGUCGACGGCCACCGAGAACGAAUUUGGUGCUCCGGUCUUAGAGCCCAAGUACGGCAUCACGGCUGUGGUGUUCAUGUUCGCCUUCAACACGUUCUUCGCGAUCGGUUGGCUAGGGAUGACAUGGCUCUACCCUGCCGAGAUCACUAACCUCCGCAUCCGCAUCCAAGCAAAUGCGCUCUCUACGUGCUCUAACUGGAUAUCCAACUUCCUCAUCGUCAUGAUCACGCCCCCAGCUUUCGCGAAUCUGCAAUAUAACACCUACACCAUGUUCGCAGUCUUCAAUGCCUGCCUCAUUCCUAGCGUCUACUUCUUCUUCCCCGAGCCCAAGGGUCGCAGUUUGGAAGAGUUGGAUGUCAUCUUUGCGAGCGCGCAUCAUGAGGGCAUCAAUCCGGUCAAGCAAGCGAAGGAGAUGCCUAAGCUGAUGGGCAGGGAAUUGGACGUGGAGAUUGCGAGGUACUUUGGUGGUGAUGUGGAGGAGGCGAGGCGGAGGAGUGUAACGAGUGCUGGAGUGAACGCGUGA